AUGAGGAGAAUGAAGCCGUCAUGGCCCCUUGCCUUUGACUUACUACUUAUAUCAACAGUGCGUCCUACCUCGCUGCUGUCCAUUGAAGAUAUUGACAUUCAUAAGGUGGUCGCCGUUCCUGGCCUCAACGUCCACGAUAUCGGACCUGGUGUGCAAAGGCGCGAAGUGGGAAGUCUGGAAGAGGAGGCAUAUGACGGUGUCAAGAGAAGGAACUUGGGUGUCGAGAACAUCAUCGACGGUCCUGGAGUGGGAAAGAAUGAAAAAGGUGCUGAAGGGCCCGACCUUCUCAAGGAAUUGGGCAUUGACCAAUCCGAUCUUGGACACGCCAAGGGGUCAGCGGACGUGAAUGCCAUUCUCAACCGUUUGGGCAAUGGUAGAGAUCCCAUUGGCCUCGAUAUCAGCGAUCUUGCGAAGCAACUCGAGCUUGGAAAAGGAAAAAAUAAGGACCUGGGUCGACUGGUCGAAGGAAUCAAAAAUACAAAUGGAUCCCUUGCACAGCUUCCUGAUGGGAAAAAGAAAGGAGAGGGUAAGGGUCAAGCGAAGGGGUUCACACUCAUCAAGAGUAGCCAACCUGUCGCCGAAGGUGGCUACACGAACACAACCGCUCCUCCGCUGGCCACUUCCCUUUCUGCCGAAGCAGAGACAAGUUCAACAGUACAUACGACCCCAACAAGCGAAGUGACUCAAGCUGAGGCUACAACUACCUUGCACAAUACAAAUAGUUCUACACUACCCAGGCAUCCCGGAGCAGGCGCUGUAACAGUCAUUGCUGAAGCAGGCAAUGGCCAUCCGCCUCCAGUUGUGGAGCACACCACUUCAACCGUUUCAAUCAAUUCCGCCCACCUGACAGUUGCUGACCUUGUGGCUGCGACUACAACAACGGCUGUUGAAGGAGUGACCGUUGUUGCAGGCGAACAAGUCCACCCACCUCCUGAAUCCUCUAUGCAUGAGACGAGUGCGAUGGCUGAGACCCCGGAACAUCCUCCACAAAUUGCUUCAUCGAGCACUGCAGCAUUGCAUCCUCCACCAUCACCACCCGCAAACCAACACGUAGUGAACUCGACAAGUCAAGCAGCCGCCGUUACGGUUGUUGCUGGUGGUAAUGGCAAUGCUCACCCACCACCUCCUCCUGCGCAUGCCGUUGAGACAUCGAGUCCCGUGCUUCAUCUCCCACCUUUCCCGUCUGCGCAUCCAUCUCCUAGUCCGCCUACGAUCGUCGCUCAUCCGCCGCCGCCUCCAGUCCAGGAACAUGUGGUCGAUACUACCACAACAAUCACAACCACUGCCGCCGCCGCGGUCACUGUAGUCGCAGGGGGUGGAGAGACUGUACAUAGCCCUCCUCCGAACGUACAUCCUCCGCCCAUGGUACACCCUCCUCCUAUGGUACAUACCACCACAAGCGCCGCCGUUGAAGUCGUUCACACAACAACUUCAGUUGCGGCUGCAAUCACGGUAGUUGCCGGUGACGGAGGUAAUGCUCAUGCACCUCCUCCCGUCCACUCUCCUCCCCCGGUCGUACACACUACAACGACCUCAGCAGUAGCGCACCCAGCGCCUCCGCCACCUCCACCAGCACACAUUCCAUCGAGCCCGGCACCAGUCGCUGUCCACUCCUCCCAACUUGCCGGAUUUGCCUACCCAUCACCUCCCGCAGUCCAUUCCUCACCCAACCCAGCACCCGUAGCAGGCCACCCCGGAGCAUCCUCCAUGGCCAACCAUGUUGCUCCCCUCCCCUCAAACGGCCAUACACCCAAGUUCUCCCUUCACUUGCAGGCAACUCUCACCAUGCACUUCAGUGGCGCCCAACCCACGCCAGCCGCCCCCGUCGCCGAUGGCUGCAACUGCCACUGUGCCUGCCCAGCCGGCUCAUUCCCCAUGCAAGCGCCUCAAGCCCAACCAUUCCAAAUCAUUGGAUCUAUGAACCCCCCGCCAGUGUCGCCAGUCCCGCCCCCGCCGCCUUCGACGUUACAGACAGUCGUUUCAACGGCUGUGUCGGUACUCCCUUCCUUUGGACUCAAUGAAGGCGAUGUCGCUACGUCGACGGCACCACUCAUCGAACUCCCGGCUUCGUCGACAGAUAUCCCUCUCGCCAUCAACACCACCACGGUCUCCAAUUUCGGCGAAACUCCCACUGAUGGCGGCGUCGUCGAGACCACGGCAGCAACCAGAACGACGACGUCAGAUGGCAGCAUAACAACUUCCACGGAUAUCUUGCUCGACAUCCCGAGCGCGCCGAGCAGCGUUUCCCCUUCAUCAACAGCAACCCAGGAAGCCAUCUCUCCUCCAACAGACACGGCGGCGGCAACGACGACUACGUCGACGGUGGAAGCAGUUUCGCAGAUUGCAGAGCCGACGCCCGUGCCGCCGCAAGGAGAGGAGGUGAAAUUACCGUUUGACAUCCAGACGAUGGAUUUGCAGAGCAAGGUUACUGUUAAUCUAGGGGCGAGGGGGAUGAGAGCGAGGGCUACGGGACGCUGA